AUGGCUCGCAAGAUAUGUUUGCGGAAGCGAGUCGUCCAGUUGACGCUCCCGCUUCCUCCUUCACGUGGUACGACAAUUGGAAGGCUAGGAGCGUCAGAUGUCCCGUCGAAUACGAGUACACGCAAGGUCGAAGCCCGCUGCAACAUGACAACGUUGCUCCUUAGCCAGAGAGUCAAUCGCAUGUUCAACGACACCAUCCAGGGAUCUGUCAAGCUGCAGAAAGCUCUAUGGUUCACUGAACUCGAGGGAAGCCGUGACCACCGCACCUGCACCCUCUCAGAGACCAAAUCCAGGAUCAAUCCAUUAUUCUCGAAGAGAAACUACCCGACGAAAGUUUUUGUUGAAGCACUCCGGGGCUUGGACUGGUAUGCACCACGCAAGUCUAUUGCUGUAGAGAUGAGAAGCAAGGCGAAGAAUGGUUGGACCGGACCAUCCCAAAGUUGGAGUCGCAUGUUGAUUGCACAGACCAUCGACCAGACUUGUGUUCCAAUGGAGCUUGACGCACCUGAGCUCGAGUACAAGUUCUUACGCGGCGGGCCCUAUUUCACGAUGCUUUGUGCGCCAGAUACUGCUGCCGACGUGUUGGAGCUGGCAGAGGAUCUGGCGCACGAGGACUACUUGGAUCUCUUGAAGGCCAAUAUGGACAAGGAAGAGCUUAGUAAGGAGGUUCAGAAGCUCAAGGCUCAGCGCGGCUAUUUGUAUAGAGUCGCAAAAACCCAUCUGAAGAGAGUGACGCGUGAGCAAAAGAAUCGGGACUACUGA